AUGUCUUUCAAGUCGCCUUCCGACCGUGAUGGCUUCACCGUUGCGAUAAUCUGCGCAUUGCAAACCGAGUACAACGCCGUCUCACUCAUCUUUGACGAAUUCUGGGAUGACGACGAAGACAAGUAUGGCAAAGCCAGUGGAGAUCCCAACCACUACACGGUUGGUCGCAUAGGCAACUACGAUGUCGUCCUGGCCCUCUUACCACAUAUGGGGAAGGUGAACGCGGCCAGCGCAGCUGCCAGCAUGCGUUCUAGCUAUCCUGCCCUAAGACUUGCCCUCAUUGUCGGCGUCUGCGGUGGUGUCCCGACUAGUCGUCAGCACGGAGAAAUCUUGCUUGGCGAUGUGAUCAUCAGCAGUUCGGUGGUUCAGUACGAUUUCGGAAGACAGUACCCCGAUAAGUUUGAACGCAAAGAUACUAUCCAAGACAACCUUGGCCGCUCAAACAAAGACGUCCGUGGCCUUAUUGCUUUGUUUGGGACUGAUCGCGGGAUGGAAAGGCUCGAAACCCGAACACUUAGAUAUCUCGAGCAAUUGCAAGCCAAUGCAGCUUCAAAGAAGCGCAUUGGCAAAGAUAAAUAUAGCUACCCCGGAACCGCCCAAGAUAAGCUUUUUGAGCCGAGCUAUCGCCAUAAACAUCAUCUACAGGUUGCGUGUAUCUGCCACGAAUGUAUCCAGGAUGCAGAUCCCGUCUGUGACUUGGCCAUGAGCUCGUCGUGCAUCGCCCUAGGCUGCGACGAGAUCCAUCUCGUGCGUCGGGAUCGACUCGAUGAGAGGCAGAAACAGCAGGCAGCAAGCGAUUGGGUCAUACAGGAACCCAACAUACAUAUUGGAUCUGUCGCAUCUGGCGACACUGUGAUCAAAUCGGCUAGGCACCGGGACAGAAUUGCCCAACAAGAGAAUGUCAUAGCCUUUGAGAUGGAAGGGGCCGGAGUCUGGGAUGAAGUGCCCUGUAUUGUGGUGAAGGGCGUGUGCGAUUAUGCUGAUUGUCAUAAGAACAAGGGGUGGCAGGACUUCGCAGCCGCUACGGCGGCGGCGACAACCAAGGCGAUUCUCGAGCGCUAUACUCAGACGGACAAGGACAUGAUUUCCAAAAGAUCGGAAAAAGUAUCCUCGGAAGAAAACCCAGGAAUUGUGCAGAAUGACCAACCGCCGGCAAAUAUGCCGCGAUCUGUUUUCAAUGGGCCGAUCAAUGGGCGCAAUGUACUUGCUGGAUCGUCCAUUACAGGUGGAACCUACAAUUUCGGCUAG